AUGGAAGCAAAUCAGCCACAAGGAUUUGGAGUUGAACAGAAGUCAGGACCAGAGCAAACUGAUGAGAUGCUAGGAUCACAGGUUAACCAAAAGUUCACGGAAAUGUCCCUAGACGACGCUGCUGUGGAAGCUGGCAUUUUUCAAGAAAAGCAAGAUGAUCCAGAGGCAAGAUUGGAGGUUCAUCAGAAGUUUGCUGAAAUGUGCCUAGACACUGCUAUGGGAACUGAUAUUAACCAAGAAAAGCAAUCUGAUCAAGAGGCAAGAUCGGAGGCUGAUCAAAAACCUGCAGAAACUAUCAGGCAGUGCACAGUUGUGGAAUCCAAUGUUAAGCCAGAAGAGCAGCAGGCUGCUGCUAAUCCAGGUGUCAUUUACCGCUGCAAAAAGUGUCGGAGGAUGGUAGCAACACAAGAGUACGUCGUCACGCACGAGGUAGGCCUAGGAGAGGCAGGCUUCUUAAAGCGCAGAAACGAUGCGGAUGAGAAGAAGCCUGAAUGCAGUGCCUGCAUCUUCGUGGAGCCCAUGAAGUGGAUGCAGGCUGGUGAGUUCCUCAACCUUACCUUUGUUUGUUUCUUACCUCCUUUCUCGGUCCAGCGUAUCUUUUUGAUGCAAAAACCUGAUGUGUUGGUCUAUCCCGUGACGUUUGCAGUGGAAGAGGGGUACGUUUCGAACAAGCUGUGGUGCAUGGGAUGCAAGACCCGGCUGGGAUCGUUCGACUGGGCAGGCAUGCAGUGCUGCUGCGGAGCGUGGGUGAUCCCGGCUUUCCAGCUGCUCAAGAGCAGGAUCGACGAGUCUCACAUGUGA